GCCCUUCACAAUAACGAAAAGUUUGGUUCUCUGUUGCAGUACGUGCUCAGUCUCUGAUUCUACAACAUAGCGAUAGGCAGACUCGCCUGUGGAGUGCCUCGGCCGUUUCUUAUUUCUUGAAGCAACGCUACCUUUGUGUCCUUCCGAUCAGCCAUGAAGAGAAAACACGUGUGUUGGAUAGCAACCGUUGUGACAAUUGUGGUUUGCGUCGCGGUGGCAACGGUUCUUCUACUGCAGACACCUGCAGCCAGUGUCAGAAAGCAUCCACCCACAGUGCAGGUUCAAGAAGGCGUUUUGCAGGGCCAGUGGUUACCCGUGUCCGGUGCGGAAGACGCAAAGCAGUUUGCUGCGUUUACAGGAGUCCCCUAUGCGCACCCACCCGUAGGCCCAUUGCGGUUCAAGGCUCCAAGGCCACCGCUGCAGUGGAAUGGCACAAGAGACGCCACCGAGGAGAGCGCCGACUGUUGGCAGCAAAGCUCUGAGACCUUUGAGGCAGUCGGCUCCGAGGACUGCCUUUAUCUGAACGUGUACAGCCCCGACCUCCCGGAACAGACCCAAAAGUUGCUGCCUGUUUAUUUUUUCAUCCAUGGUGGAACUUUCCUAUUUGGAACGUCAAAUUAUUCUUGGUUCGGGCCCGAGUUUCUAAUGAUGCAAAAUAUUGUGGUCGUUACAAUAAAAUACCGACUUAAUGUUUUCGGAUUUCUGAAUUUAGACAAUGAAAUCGUGCCCGGAAAUGCGGGUAUUAAGGAUCAAAUAGCUGCAUUAAAAUGGGUAUCGGAAAACAUAGCCAAGUUUGGAGGUGACCCAAACGAAAUAACCGUAGGGGGUCAGUCAGCCGGAGCAGUGUCUGCGCAUUGGCUGGCCCUUCUCCCCGAAUCAAGAGAUUUAUUUAAACGCGUCCUACUGGAAAGUGGAUCUGCACUUCAUAGUUUUGGCUAUAACGAAGACAACUUUGCCGUGGCAGAUGAUUUGGGACGAGCACUAGCAAACAAAACAAUAACUAUCGCUGAGCUUGCCCAGCUUGUCAUGUCGCUGCCACCCAAAGAUUUAAUGGCAGCUAGCAUGCCAAUGGCGAUUCAGAGAUCAAACACACUAGCCACGCAAAUUCCAUAUGCCCCAUCAAUAGAGCGGAGAGUUCCAGUAGUUGGGGGAGAAAAGCCACUGAUAACUAACUCGCCCGAGACGUUGAUAAUUGAUCCUACUGUCCCUCAAAAGCCAAUGUUUGUGGGAAUGAAUAACAGGGAAUGGCUUGCAGGAUAUUAUGCCUACGGAUACGGUGGGGAUGUCAAUUUCAUGAAUUACAGAAUCAGGACUUUAAUAAACCUACUGCCAAAAAAUAUCAUACCUUACAUCGACACAAUAGAGUACCUUAAAUUGACAGACGUCGCGCCUACUUUUCAGUGGUCAGACGUAACUGAUGCUGUAGACCAUAAUUACUUUCGAAGUAUGGACAUGAACUGCAAUUUGACGUGCAUAUUUAAAAAGUACUUAGACGACAUUGUGAUUGGAGUUGACACCAACCGAUUAGUGGACCUGCGAUCAAGCAGUAAAUUAUCAACAACAUAUGUUUAUCGUUUUAGCUUGCGAAGCGACUAUAGCAUAUCGGCUCUUGUAGAUCCUGAUCAAUCAGCCGGAGGCGCAGUGCACAGCGAUGAGCUUGGUUAUAUUUGGAGAAUGAGCGGGUUGCGUCAAAAGCUUAACGGAGAUGACCUUGCGUCUCGCACGUUGCAGCGUAUGACAAAUAUGUGGGGUUCCUAUAUUAGAACUGGGAUACCGUCACCCGACAACAAAUUCACGUGGCAGCCAACUGAAAAUCGGGUAACUGGCAUAAGGUUCUUAGAAAUUCAAGAGGAACUAGAAGAAAAAGAUGAAGACAUUGGAGGCCCUAACAUGCCGUUCUGGUUUAAUCUGUACCAACAAUACCGAAAAAAAUGAUUUUUAAAGAAAUAAAAUUCUUAAAAAAAAAUAACAG